AAAGAAACUCAUAGACUAACUUAGUGAUACAAGCAUGACAUAACAUCUCAUAGCAAUCACAAGUUGACUUCAGUUCACUGUUUGAAACUCAGCAUGAGCCGUGGAGGUUCUGGAUAGCCGCGCAGGCGCCCUUGUGACCUUGCUUGCACCAUAAAGUUGACAAUUAAAAGCUCUAAAGGCCCAUGAGUGGGCAGCAGCCGCAGCAGCCAGCUUCGGCAUGGGCGGCCAGUUACGCGGCAUAUGCACCCGCUCAACAGCCGCAACAAGCUCCUCCUCAGUCGUCUCAACAACCACAGCAGUGGCAGCAACAACCGCAGGCGCAAAGCGCUCCUUCACCCCCCUAUGUCGGUCCAUCAUACGCGCAAUCUCAGGCGCAGCAGGCGUACUACGUCCAACAAGGCGCACCCCCGCAGGGGCAGCCAGCUUAUGCCGGGGCUGCAGCUGGGGUAGCCGCUGGACAACCCCAACCCACCGCCCCUGCAUAUCCCUCCGCCUACCAGGCGGCAUACCAGCAACAAGCACAGCCUCCCCAGCAGCAACAGCAACCCCAGUACCAAACGCAGCAGCAGGCCUACGCCCAGCCGGGCACGGCUACAGCCCCUCCCUGGCCCUCCUCCCAGCAGGGCCAGCAGGUGGGGCAGGCUCCCGGGGCACCGCAGCAGCAACCCGUAUACGCCCAGGCGUAUGCGCCAGGGUACCUGCAGCAGCCCCAACAGCAGGCGGUGCAGCAGCAACAGCAGCAAGCCCAGUCGGCAGCUAACUACUACGCACAAGCAGCCGCGAGGACUCAGUCUAAAAGGGUCUGGACAGGCACUGUGACCAGCAUCAUUCCGCCCAACUAUGGUAUUGUGGAUGGGGACUCCUUCUACCACAAUUCGGUCGUUAUCGGACAGCUGCCCCAGGUGGGUCAGCGGGUGCGGUGCGAGGGCAACCCCAACACGGACGGCGGGCAGUACACCUGGCGCAUAAGCCAGGUGGAGCUCGAUGUGAGCGGAGGAGGAGGAGGAGGCGGGGGCAGCGGCGCGGCAGCAGCAGCCGCUGCAGCUGCCGCCGCCGGUGCCUCCACCUCCCAAGCCCUCCCUGCAGGGGCAGGAGGGGCCCUCCCAGGCACGCGUAGCGGCGGCGUUGGCAGCACCCGUGGGACGACUGUCAUUCGACCCAACGGGCCCAUUGCACGUGGCGCGAUCGGUUCAGCCGGGAGCGGUGGCGCUGGCGGAGGUGGUGCAGGAGGCGGUGCAGGAGGAGGAGGUGGUGGUGCAGGGCAAGCUGGGGACAAGGCCAAGUAUAACUCUGCGCCGCCACCGGUUGUGUCGUACACCGCUGAUGUGGCGCUAGCAGUGGCGGCGAAUGCGGUUGAGGGCUCGGGUAGCGCGGCGACUGCGAUUGCAGCGACGCCCGCUACGUUAAAGGUGGCGCCCUUCGCCAAGCCGGCGCCCUCGCUGACGGAGGAGGAGCGACGGCGUGCUGAGAAUGCGGUGCAGCAGCUCGCGUCGUUCGGCGACCCGUCGGGAGUCGGAGCCCGGUUGCUGGCAAAGAUGGGGUUUGGAUCUGCGGAGGGCAGCAAGGGCGGCUUGGGGAGAAAUGAGCAGGGCAUCGUGGCGCCUGUGGACCCGGUGGGAGUGCGGGGCAACGUGGGGCUGGGCUUCACGGGGCAGCAGCAGCAGCAGCAGGCCUACCAGCCAGCCGUUCAGCCGCCCCCUGCGAAUGUGGAUCGGGGCAGCAGGCGGGGCUGGGGGCGGGCGCAAGGGGAGCCGGAUAGACACCGGGAGCGGGAUCGAGAGAGGGAAAGGGAGCGAGAUCGAGAGAGGGAGCGGGAGCGGGAACGCGACCGGGAAAGAGACCGACGGAGGAGAACAAGGUCGAGGUCAAGCUCUCGCUCAAGCUCUAGCUCCCGCUCCUCCACCUCCUCCGGCACCAGCUCGCGAAGUCGCAGCAGGAGCAGGACGCGGAGCCGCAGCGCCUCACCGCGGGGCGGGUCGGGGGCGCGCUACGCCGUCCGGCCGCCCAAGUUCCACACUUGGGAGCGGUUUCGUGGGCUGGCGACGGUCAGCAAGCGCUACAAGCGCCUGUACAUUCCCUCGGACUUUUGCAGGUUGGAAGCCACCUGGCUGGAAACCCUGCCCGAGCAUGCGCCCCUGCCGCUCACCAACACCAUAGACUUUGUCUUUGCUGCCCCGGGAGCAGCAGUCUCCACAGCCGGGGGCCACGCAACAGCAGCAGCAGCAGCCCCCGCUGACAUCGCAUCCUCCUCUGCAGCAGCAGCAGCUGCCGACGCCUCAGCUGCAAGUCCAGAGUCCAGGCCGACCGCAGCUGCUGACGGUGCUGCUGCUGCUGCUGCUGACGGCGCUGCUGCUGCUGCGGGUACCUCCUCCGGCGCGGGUGGUGGCGGUGCUGGUCGGGCGUCUACAUCGCCGCCCAGACGACCGCUGCUCAGUGCUGCGGAGGUUGCGUCGGGGCGACGGUGGAGUGUGCGUGUGAUGCUGCUGAGCGGAGUAUCCGGGCAGGCGCUAUACUCGGAGGAUGCCAAGGUGUUCCAGCACCCGCUCCGGAAGAUGCGCGUCCUCGUCCAAAAGCGCCACCCCCACCACCACCACCACCACAGCGGCAGCGGCAGCAAGGGCGGCAGCGGCUCCUCCAGUGAGCUGGGUGCGGUGGGCGGUCCCUGGGACCCACGGGACGGCGGCCACCCGGCACGUGACCCCGCGGCGCUGGUGGCCACCGCCGUACGCACCUUUCGGGAGGCGACGGGAGUGGACCUCAGCCCUUGCUGCCAGUGGGUGCGGUUCGCGGAGGUGGUCUACAUGCGGCCCCAGCCCGCCACCGCACCCGCGGGGCACCUCCAUCCCGGCACUGAAAACACUGCUGGCGGCCUGGGGGGUGGCAGCAGCAGCAGUCCCGGUCGCAGCCGCUCCCGGGGACUGGUGGAGGAGCGGGUGGUGCUGCUCAUUCCCGUGGAUGCGCAUCUGGCAGCGCAGCCCAGCCCCGCUGCGGUGGAGGCGAUUGCGCGGGCGCAGGAUGCUGUUUUCGGGGAGGAGCGCGCUCGCUUUGAUGUGGAGGCGGCUGACGAGGCGGCUCGGCGAGCGGCGGAGGCGGCCGCGGAGGCGACUCGGAAAGCGGUGGCGGCGGGCGGCGAGGAUGCGGCACUGGAUCCGGGGUCCUUGACGGUGGUACAGCUGCAGGAGGAGCUCAACAAGCGCGGCCUUGCGGAGGCGUUCAAGAAGUGGACUCCGCUGCAGGGCAAGAAGCCGCUGGUGGACAAACUGCAGGAGUACCUAGACCGCAAGCGGGCGGAGGUCGAGUCCAGUGAUAGUCAGGAGGGGGUGGAGGCGCGGGCGGCGGGCGAGUCGCGAGCGGCGGCCGAGGCAGCAGCCAUGCGAGCGAGGGAGGCACGGGAAGCGCUGUCGGCAGCGCAGCGGGCGGCACGGGAGGCGAGGAAGCUGCUGGCUAACCCGCCUGUCGUGGAUACCAUGACCUUCACCCCUCCGGCUCGGUCCGCCGCUACGGGGCACUCCUCCUCCUCCUCCUCCUCCUCCUCGCGGGUGACGCUCACCAGCUACAGCAUCGAGCAGCUGCUUGACUACCGGGAGGAUGACACGCGGGAGGCAACAUUCGAGGUGUCUGUGUUUGCGGAAAUGUUUCGGGAGAUGUUGCAGCAGCGGUACGGCAGGGCGCUGCUGCGGGGGCUGUCCACGCUGCUGCCGCUGCCAGCCGCGAGGACGUCAGGGGGGCGGUCAGCAGCAGCUGCUGCUGCUGUUGCGGGGAUACCGGAGGACAGAGGGCAUGGCGCAGCAGCAAGGCCGCCCGCCUCCCGAGGCGGUGCCCCGGCUGCUCCGGCUGCAGGGCGCGCGAGCACACCUGUUGACGGACAGCAGGAUGCGGAGAUGCGGGAAGCCCAAGAAGCCGACGGUCAAGCAGGUCCCGACGCCUCCAUGGCACCGGAGGUGUCGGAGGACCGGGGCGCGACAGAGCGGCCUGGCGUCACAGAAGAGGAUGCGGAGACGUGUCCGAGCGGCAGCGGGAAGCGGCGGCGACCGCGGGACAGUAUGACGGAUAUGGAGGGCAGCAUGGAUGUGGGCGAUGGUGCGAUUGUUGGAAUGGACGGCUUUCCCUCGAGUGUGGGGUCGGGAGCUAAGCGACGACGACGACUGGAGGAUGAGAGUGUGGCAGGCGCCGACGCCGCCUCACCCAUCCCCGGCAUCUACCUAGAACAACAAGCCUCAGUACCUCCCGGCGGCGCCGCAGCGCCCCAUGCUCGCGCCUCCACGCCCGUUGCAACCCUGCCUGUGCCGGCAACGGGGGCACCCUCCCCGGCGGCCGCUGCAGCAGCAGCAGCGGCUGCCGCCCCCGCAGCAGCCGCCCUGCCUCCGGAGCCGUUCCUGACCGCCUGCCGCAUGUUUGACGACCGCUGCGUGGGAUACAUCGAGUCCGAGGACUUGGAGGAGAUCCUGUACAUGACGGCGGAUGACGUGUCACGUCGCCGCGUGCAAGCUGUCGUUGACCAAGCAGUCGGCAAGCGAGGACGUUUCAGCUACAUGGAACACUCCAACCUCGUCGUGCCGCCGGCGCCAGUGCCCGCAACGCCGCCUCCAACGGCAGCAGCUGCGCAUGCGUCAUCAGCAGCCGCCGGUACGGCAGCCGCGGGUGCCUCUGGGGUGCUGUCUGUGAAUGGAGCGCUGGUGGACGUUGGCAGGCUGCAAGCAAACCUGGCUGCAAGCGAGUCAGAGCGACGCACCCUCGCCCUCAGCGUGCAGCGGUUAGAGCUGCAGCUCGCCGAGCAGCGACGUCGCGAGGCUGCCCUGUCCGACCGGGUCACAGACCUGGGAGGCGAGGUGGCGGCACUGCAGGCGCGACUGCAUGCCUCAUCCGCGGGCAGGGCGUGUGUGGACGCUGCGUUCACAGCCCUUCUAGCGGAGGUGGAGGCAGCCCAAGCGCGCCUAGCGGCAGCUGCCACACAGCUGCAGCAGUUUGGGUUCGGGGUCAGCGGCGCGGGCGGCGGGAGGGCUGAUGGCGAUGGUGCAGGCGAUGGUGCGGCGGAUACCACGGCAGCAGGCGUGGAUCGUUGACGGAGGGUUGCAUUGGAAUGGCAGGAAUGAAGCCAAGAGCUGGCACCACCCUGUCCUAUAAAGGAUAGCAAGCCUGGUAGCAAGCGAGGAUGCAUGUGCCAGCUACCAGCCGUGCUGAGGCGUUGUUAGGGGGGUGCGGCUGCAGCUGCUGUUGCUGUUUGUUGAACAACACAAGUCAUGUUGUUUUUUAUGUGGGUGCGCUCUGUGCUAUUGGGCACACGCACGGGUUUUGCCGUCCGGCGCAAGGGUGGAGGUUGCGCCUCAGCUUUAGACAACAGCAGGCUUGCAGCACAGACACUCACAGGGUGCAAACAGGUGCAGGCGGAUGUGUUAGGUUACAGAUGCUGGCCGGCAAGCGAUCUGGCAGAUUGCCGUAUCAUUAUUAAGCCGGACGGCGUCUGUAUAAUCGUGUGUGUUUUGUUUAGGCAACCCAAGCAACGCAGUAGGUCAGUCAGGCAGCACACCAGGGAGGCACCUUUGUAGCUGUUCGCUGGGGACAAUGUGGGGGGACAGGAUAAGGGUAGCUGCCGUGUCUUCUGUGUAGGACGAGCGGUUAGGUGUGCGUUGCUGGUGAGUGCACGCUUGCAUUCAUUAGGGUUUUCGGAGGUUUAGGUAGAGGCGUGGAGAGAGCGGUUGUUGCAAGGCAUGUUGGCAACGAGGAAGCAGGCCGGACGUAUGGCUUAGGAUACGUGUAGGUUCGCCGCGCUUCCUUUCUCUCUCUCUCGACAUUGGUGGUGUUAGAUUGCUUCGCAGUCAGGUGCUCCUCAGGUCAGGUCAGGCUGCUAUACUUAGGUAUGGGGCUAUAGUCCGGGUGCGGAAAAGCCACGUGUAGAAGGCGUUGGGCUGUGUGUGCAUUGCGCUUGGGCCCCAGGUUGGCCAAGCCCGGCCCAUAACCCAUAAUGCCCAUUCCACCACCUUGGGUGAAGGCAUCUUACGGCACACAGCGGCUUUGGCUGCAGUGGUGGAUCAUUGCGUGUUGCCGUGAUAGACUGAGGGCAUGGCUUCCCUGCUAGCCGCUAAAUGAGCUGCGCCGGU